AGGUAGGUGGAGCUAAGAGAGGCAGAAAGAGAAAGUCAGAGCAGCAGCAUAAAAUCAAGACAGAGCCAUUUAUGGAGUCAGAGGAUAUGGAAUGGCUACCUAGUGUAUCAGAUAACAGUCGCACAACACAUCCUGAUGGAAGCAUGCGACGAAAAGUCAAGCCGCCCCGUGCACUUAAAGAAGACUAUGUUCUAGGGAAACGUCCAAGAAAGAGGAUUCGUGAAUCAUGUGUCAAUCUCGGCUACAAAAUUGUCUGUCCAAUGAUGAGUUGCAAGGCCAAGUUCAAAACUGAUAUAGGUAUAUAUUUAAUUGCAUAGAAAUGCCUGUUCUAGAGAGCUGAACUCUUUGAUAUCCAUUUUAAAAAAAAUAAUUGACUAAAUUUGUAUAUGUUACCUUAGAUAUAUAUAUAUAUAUAUAUAUAUUUGCACAUCCUUGAUGUAGUAAUUUGACGUAAUGUGUCACAAGUGGUGGCAAGAUGUUGGUAAUUAGUGAGGAUUUGUGAACUAUUUUUGAUAGAUGUGUUCCUGAGAGUGUUUGGGGGUGGAGAAACAUAUUUUGAGCAAUGGGUAAUGCCUGGAUCUGGAGAUCCAUCUUCAUGUUUUUUUCUUAUAUGAGCUUUACAAAUAUAAUCAUGAUUUUGUGCUGUGGCUUAGGUCGGUCAUAUGUGCUUGAGUUAAAUUUUAUUGGUGCACAAAAAUGAACAUCUUUCCUGUGCGUACGAUAGCUUUGCUCAUUACAUGAGACCAUUGUGCUGAAUGUUAAUUAACUUAACGUCAGAACAUUGUGAAACACAUCAUUUUUUAAUAAUCAUUCUUAGACCAAUGUGGGCAACCUUUGUUGUGGCGAAUGAAAAGUGAAAUUGGCCACACUAUAUAUAAAUCAUGAAACGCUACUAUUAUAUAAGAUCUGCUAGUUUAUAUAAAUAUAUUUAUAUAAAUAUAUUUAUUAUAUAUAUAUAUAUAUAUAUAUCUGUGUUGUUAUAUAAAUUUGUAAACUAUGUCUUUAACCAAGACAUCUUGGACAAUGGUCACCAUUUAACAUCAAGAAACUUAAAGUGACUUGAACAAAGUUCUCUGAAAUGUCAAAUGAAUAUAAAACUCAUGAUUCAGCUACACAUGAACAAUAGCUAGAAUUUUCCAAAAUAUUUCCUUGAAAAAGUGGAAAGAGAUAAAAAUCAAGGUAUUUUUUAUGAGCAAUUGCUGAAUCUUUGAGCUCAUCUAGGUAAUCAGUUUAAAGCCUCAAAGUUAUUGUUAUUUUUUUUUUUUACAAGGCAUUGAAUGAUGCCAACAUUUUCAUAUGCAAGGUAGAAGCCAGUGAUGAACCAAUUUUAUGAUAAUUUUGUUUUCUUUCUGUAACUGUAACAGUUGUAAAAUGUAUAUUGGCCAGAUAGUUAUUUUUUCUAGCAAGUAUUGAAGGAGUGUUGAAAUUCUCCAAUAAGAAUUAUUUUUGCAAAUUAAAACAUUUCAGACUUUCUCUUAUUGAUUUUCUCUGUUUUAUCUUGGUGGUUUCAGGUCUACACAUCCAUAUGUCCUGCCAUAAUAUGGAUGACACUGCAUUUACCUGCAUGAAAUGCCAAGCCCCCCAUGAGUUUUGGAAACAUUUGCGGAUACAUUUAUGGAGAGUGCAUAAGGUAUAAUAUUUUAUCGAAACAUGUUGCAUAAAGCAUAAACAAUUUAUAUACAGGCCAAAAAGUUAUGUGUAAAUUGAAGUUAAAGUAGUGAAUAUGAAAUAAUACUUUCAAUAUUUGGCUUUCUAAUUUUCUAAUACUUAAGUUCUGUUAUCAUUUGGGAAUACAACUUGUCAUAAUAUGGUUAAGUCCAACAUUAAGUUUAGUUUUUAUAUAAUAAACAAAUUUUAAGAACAGUUUCUUUUUUACCUUUAGAUUUGGAAUGCUUGUUGAUAUUACUUAUUUUAUGGGGGUCAAAGACAAAUGUUUCCUUUAUUCAUUGCCACUGUUUGUAUAUUUUCCAAGGUUGACUGUGAUUUGUUUAAGUGUGAUUUAUGUGACUACAAGACUGAUACACACCACAAAAUGAGUAUACAUAAGGUACCAGUAUCAUCUUUUUUUGUGUUUAUAUAAAUCGGUUGACAUCAUAUGUUUUUAUUAUUAUUAACCAUUCUAAAACAAUUAUUUUAUACCAUUCUAAAAACAUUUUGAAAUAAUGCAAACUAAUUUUGAUGUUUGAAUAUUUUACUGUAUAAUUAACAGGAAAUUCAUACAAAUGCCAAGCCUUAUGCUUGUGAUGUUUGUGGAAAGGGCUUUCGUCAGGCAUCUCAAAUGAAAAAUCACCAGGUCAUUCAUGCUAAUCGUGCUGACAAAGCCGGAUCUAGGGGUUGGUUCUCAUCAAAGUCAUGUGAUAUCUGUGAUAGGGUCUUUGCUAACAGGUUUGUUAUUAUGAAUAGGAGCAAUAUAAAUUGAUAAGAUGUCCUCAAAUGUUUAAAUGAUAUUAUCUACGAGCAUGGGGAAUUUUAAACUAUUGAAGCUUUAUUAAAAUAUAAAAUGCAUUGCAGCAAAUGUCUCAAGAAACAUAAAGAGGCUGUGCACACAGACCACAAGCCUUUUGAAUGUAUGUACUGCAGCCAUACAACGGCAAGGAAAGCCAUGAUGGAGCUGCACAUCCGAACACACACGGGAGAAAAACCAUUCAAGUAAGUAAGAAGUGUGAUAUGCAGUGUAUGUUUUAUAAUUGUUUAGGAACCAGCAUUUUUACUUCAUGAUGAAGGAGGCAAGAUAGAACAUUAAAUGUAGUGAAAGUUCAUGCCAUAGAUAGAACAUUAACUUUUAUGAAAGUUUAUGCCGUAGAUAGAACAUUAAAUAUUGUGAAUGUUCAUGCCGAAGAUAGAGCAAAUAAAUGUUUUGAAAGUUCAUGCUGUAGAUGGAACAUUAAAUAUUGUGAAAGUUCAUGCCUUUCUAAAAAUUGGUCAUAAAAAUGUUUCAGUAAAGCUAUUUUCUGUUAAUGUAAUUUAGAUAAGAUUCUUUUAUUGAUACAAAGAAAUGGAAAUGUUUCUUGAUUGCAUUGUACAUUUUCAGUACAUAAAUAAAACAAUUUGUACAAAAGACAUCUACAUUAAAUUAUUUCACUAGUGAAAAAAACAGCCAUUCAGUGAAUUCUCUUAGCCAUAUCAGGGACUUAUAAGUUCUCAUUAAGAUGAGGUAAAAGAUGCUUUAUUUUGAAUUACCCUGUCAAUUUUCCUUUUGGUAAACUUACAAUCCUAUUGCUCUGCAGAUGUGAUAUCUGUCCUUACAGCACCGGGGAUCAUAAUUCUAUGAGGCGACAUAAGGUAAUCUCAGUUUCAAACGGGUUUUAAAUAUUACAUUUUUGAAGAAUUUAGCCUUAGUAUUAAUUCAUGUGAUCCUGUCAUUUAAAAAAUGGGAUCAUGAUAUAUAACUGCUUUUAAUUCAAUUCACAUAUAAUGCUAGCCCCUGACUUUUUGUUUGAAAAAAACCCAAAAACGCAACGUCCAUGUUGUUUGAAGAAAAAAAAUGCAAUGUAAAUGUAUAAGUAUAAUGCGAUCUGUUAAUCUUGUUACUGGAUAAGAAAAUACAUAGUAAUGAAAUAAAUAUUUAUUUAGAACUACCGGGUUUAAGAAAAAUUAAAAAAUCCUCUUGAAAGAUAUUUCAAUUUGAAAUUAGAAGUGAGCUCAAUUAAUACAAUUUGUAUUUCCUUAUUAUAGCCGUAUUGUCACUAUCUUGAUUUCUUUCUAGACAAUAAUAUAAAAAAUUAAUAUGAACAUUUAUUACUCUGCCUCAGGCUACACUUGUUUCCUGCAUAUAUAUUUUUAUAGAAAAAAAAGAUUUAUAACACUAUUUUGAAAAAAUGAACUGAAAUCAACAGAUGCGUCACACUGGCCAGAAACAGUAUCGGUGCACCCAGUGCCCGUACACCUGUAUCCAGAGCAUCUCGCUAAAGCAGCACAUGCGCCACAAACACCCAGGGACUUCAGCUGGAAUCUUUCAAUGUUCACGUUGUCCAUUUCGUACCAUUAAUCAGUGCAUUUAUAGCAAUCACAUGCAAGUAGGUGCCUUACAAAUUUAUUGGUAAAUUUUGGUUGAAGUUCUCAUAAUAGAAUAUUUAAUAAAGCUGUUAUCUUUGUUAACUGAUCAUCUUAAUUGACACAGGUAAUAUUUUGAUGAAGUUUGUUAUUGAAAAUGAUUUGAAAGGAAAACAAGAUCCUGUAAAAAUGUGUAAUAGUUGUAACUAAGAAAGUUAAAUAAAGUAAUUGUAUAUAGUAAUUGUUUAUUAAGAAAUAACCACUAAUACUCAAAUUAUAUCAUCUGUUUAAAAAGGAUCAUAAGAAAGGUUUGAUCCCGGAUAAAAUAAUUCCCCCAAGACUGGAGCUACCGAAGACAAGAAAACUAACCCACAGAUCUCAAACUGGGAAGCGUAAUGCUGGACAAAAUUUGGUAGGUCCCAUUAUCUUAUGGUAUGUCUUAUUUUUUGUUAUUGUAAUGCUUACCCAUCUUAUUCAAAUAGUCCUGUUAAUAUGAUUAGGUAACAUUUCAACAAAAACCUAACAGUCAUAAGGUAUAUAGUAAGUCUUUCUUUAAUUAAUCCCAAGGUUGAGCCCCUGCUGAUCAAGCACCCCCAGUUUCAUGCUGUGUUGCCGGGUAGUGAACCUACAUCUCUUACUAACCUCAGUGGCGAUGCACUUUCUAGUUUAAAUUCUACCUUAGGUGAAAGCUCUCCGUCAGAAGUUUUUACAAUGCAGGUAGGUGAUUUUAUUAUAUUCAGCUUCAGAAAUUUUUAAGGCCAAACUGAAUAAAAAUUCUAGGGAGUAUGAGAUAUCAAUAAAUUUAUGCAAUUCGUACUGUAGUAUAAUAAUAACAAUAAAAAAUAUAGUUAUAUGAUCAUGCUGUUUCAUAUUAACAAAGGGCGAUAUAUAAGUUACAAAGCCCUACCCCUUACAAGCCCUCUUGAAUUAUCAUAUAAAAUACAGCACAAUAUUGCUACCUUUUUUAAAUGGAGUUCUAAUUUUUUAUCUAGGUGACCAUGUUACCUGAGGGAGACACACAGAUCAGUGCUGAUGAUAUGAAAAGAUUGUCUGAGAGCACAGGACUUCUAGCCACAGGGGUUUCACCACUGCAGCUCAUCUAUGCCACACUGUCAACUAUAUCAGAGCAGGGAGAAGCCGCAAGAGUGGGGGAAGGCAGAUCUGCCCUCCUCACAGCAGAACUCAUCGGAGGAAUCCACACUGCGGUUCUCAGCUCCAUGCAGGACGGUGUAACCGUUCAUUCCAUAACAUAUCACCUGCCAAGGGUGGUGCCUGGCACUGAUGAGCCACUGACCGUGACAGUGAAUGAUAAGAUUUAUGAAGGGCUUAUAUCAAAUGUCAAGGCAGAGCCCAAGGAUGAGAUUGAAGAUGAUACAGUGCUUAAACAGGAAACGGAUUCCUCCAUUGCUGUUGUUUUACCAACCCUGGAGGAUGAAGCCAACAAAUGUGAAGGUAUCUUCUACAUGGGCAACAGUGAGAAAAAAUCAAACAAUAUGUCAGCGGGUGGAGAUAAGGUGGGGAAGAAAAAAAAUGCUAAAAAGAGCAGGGGUGAAAAACUAACAGGAUCAAGUGCGCUCAGGGAAAUGUUAGAGUCAAGGGAAAAAAUGACCAUACUCAACACACAGAAUGGAGAGGUCAGCUUCAUGGCUGUGGAUUUCCUUGAACCAAACUCUAUAGAUACUGAGUCUUCCCAGGUUUUUACCACUAGUGAUUGUUAGAGAAAAAAGUGGUACUUGUUAAAAGACUUCAACUACUUGAUAGUUGAUGUGCCUGUUUUUAAGUAUUAAAUUGUGA